AUGAGCUCUCGCACCGGGUCCAUUUCCGGAAACCACAUCAGCGGCUGUCACCAAGAUGGCAGCAGUGGAGUUGAUUGCCCGGAAGAGCCCAGUCGUUGCUGUGUUGCUACACCCCACUUGGUCGUUUGUCACUGCGGUCCUUUGAGGAGUUCACUUGGCUCUCCUCCACCCUCCCACCAUUGCCUCACUCCCUCUUCCCCCUCCCUCCCACGCACGCCCCCCUCUUUCCUCUUCUUCCCAGUCACCAAGACGACACCAGUGGAGUUGGCCGGCCGGAAGAGCCCAGUGGUGGCCGUGCUGCUACACCCCGGCACUGUAGACACCGACCUUACCCGCCCGUUCACUGCGCACUUGCCGGCCGAUAAGAUUUUCACGCCGGACUUUGCUGCCGAGCAGCUAUUGGGUGUUAUCGAUGGGUUGAGCGAGAAGGACAAUGGGCGGUUUAUUGCAUAUGAUGGCACGGUGAUUGGUGCGGGAACGGUUGUUGGGGAAAUGUUUUUAAUGUGCUUAGAGAAAUUGUAG